UCUCUCACUCUCUCUCUCUCUCUCUCUCACACACACACACACACACACACACAAGCUACUGUAUCUCUCCCUCGCGCACACACAGGCUGUCUCGCGCGUGCUGUCGCUGUUUUGUGUGACGCGCUCGUGCUUGUGUUGCGCUUCAUGAAGUGAAGAUGUGAAGGAGGAACUUUUCCAAGGCUCUGGUCACGAGCGCGAGAGAAACAAAUAUCCUGCGACGCCCGUUCGGUCUCAAUCCGGCACUCUCGAGAGGCGAUAAACAUCUGGGCUUGUUUCCUGGUGGACCUUUUUGGCGACGGCUGAUACAGAGCAGUCCAUACGGCGCUUUAAGGACACCUCGUCUUGACCCACACAGCUAGUGCUCUGAAGGGAGUAUGCCCCCAUUUGACCAUGGCGCCGCCGUCCUAUUGGCUACUCCGGCACUCCGUGGUCAUGUGCUUGCUGCUACACAGCUUGGUCUUGAUGACACUCUGCUUCCACCACGCAGCCACCUCCUGCUCAAAGCAUUGCUACUGCUCCGAGAGCGAGGGUCCAUCUGGGGGCAAGACUAUGCGGUGCAGCAACCUACGCCUCACCGAGAUUCCACAGGACAUCCCAAACGACACACGGCGCCUCUACCUGGACUACAACCUGCUGACCGGUGUCCCUGCCAAUGCCUUUCGAGAUCUUCCUCUGCUGGCCGAACUCGAUCUUUCCCACAACGAGCUGGCACUGCUUGAGCCUGGAGCUUUCCGGGGCCUGGCUGCCUCGUUGCUGUUCCUGGAUCUUUCCUCCAACCAGCUGGUGACGCUGGACCCCGAAGCUUUUGAAGGUGUGAGGGCUCGAUCCAAUCUGACUGGCAACCCCUGGCACUGUGACUGCCGGUUACAAACGGCACUUCCACGCCUCGAUCUGGAGCCUGUGUCUCUCACCGGCAUCGUUUGCCAAACAUCAGAACCCGAGGACUCGGGUGCCCGAGGUGUGCCCUUUCUGCUGGCCAAAGACUUGGACCUAUGCGUGGUGCUUAAAAAGACCACAGACGUGGCCAUGCUAGUGACCAUGUUUGGAUGGUUCACCAUGGUCAUCUCCUACUUGGUCUACUACGUGCGGCAUAACCAAGAAGAUGCCAGGCGCCACCUGGAGUAUCUCAAGUCUCUGCCCAGCAGGCAGGGCAAGUCUGAGGAAUCUUCCACCAUUAGCACUGUGGUUUGACAGCACAUCAUCGCUAAAGGGGGAAGCUUCUCAGGCAAGCAAAGGGCAAUGGGCACACUGAAAAGUCUAGCCUGGUAGAGGAACCAAUAACCAGAUUAUCAUCUCUGGAAAUAACAGGCAUGGCGUACUGCAGCUCUCUGGAUCAUCAGAAACCAGCCUUACACAAAAAACAACCACGGCGACUUAGCAGCUGGAAAAAAUCCUGCCGCAAGUCUUCCAUUUCAGACUCGAAGGUAAAGACAAACCCUCCUUGGGGAACCUACAUGCCAGCGUUGCAAGAGAAUUGAAGGGGUCAUCUAAUCUUAUCCAGAUAAAUAAUUGAUCCCGGACCGGCCAGGCUCCAAGUCUGCGCUGGCUGAGUGGUUUGUCUGCUCCGAAUGCUUUUGAUGUAGGACGAGUUGUUACUUUUGAGUCGUUUCUGAAAGGAUCCGCCAUCUAUUUGCAUGAGCAUGUAGCAUAAAGCAAGCCCUCUCUUCCAUUACGAUAUUUAUUAACAUGAAAAGUUCUGAUGUUUAUCCCUCCAGACUCCAUUCGUUUUUUAUAACAGAGCCAUGCAUAAACAUACACGUCCGUCAUUUCUACAAUCCUGAAUAAACGGUUUAGUGAAAGUCGGUGUAUUGCUCUGAUAUGUAUAUUUUUUAUCAUUUUGUAGAGGAAAUAAUCAUAUUUCGUAAUCCUAGUGAAGGACACCAGCUGGUCCGGUAUUUUCCCGCUCUUUCAGGGGAAGAGCAAAAUGCUGCUUUGUUGGGGUUUUUGUGUGGGUUUUUUUUUUUUUUUUUACAUUUAGUGAUGGUUUCCAGUCCUGGUCCUGGAAUUUCCAAUGAACUCGCAGCUCUAGGAUCCUGAGCUUGGGUUCCUGUCCGUGUGGUUUUCCUUCAGGUCCUCUGGUUUCCUCCCACGUCCCAAAACAUGCUGAUACUGAGAUCUUGGUGCAAAUGUUUUGUUGUUCGGAUGUUUUGGCCAAACUGGCUGCGGAACGUAAGACGUAACAAUUGUACGACUGUUGUUCGCAACCAAGGAAUUAUUUCACGAUUUUUCUCUGCAACGAAAAACGAAACAAAAUACAGUGUAAAGCAGCCUUACUUUGUGCAAGCUCAUCUACUCGAACUCGUAACGACGAACGCGAUAACCUUUAAAUAAGCCCUCGUCAUUUCCAAAUCAGAUUCGCUAACUUGUAAUUGUAGCUAGCUUGUAAUUGUAGCUAGCUUGUAAUUGUAGCUAGCUUGUGAAUGUAGCUAAUCUGGUCGUUUUGCAGAUUAGGGUUAUUUAGCUACAGAGUAAUUGUGUGACUCGAUAACCCUGUCAGAGUUCCACCACCUUCCAAAUUCCACUUUCAUUCAUGUCCUUAAGGGUUAUUGUGGGAGUUAGCGGACCAGGACUGGAAACCAGUCAAUGCUGUGGGAUUUUAUUUACUUGCUCAUUUUGACUGACUGAAAUUUUUUUUUUUUUUUUUUUUUUUUUUUU